AUGAAAUUUAUAUGGCGUUAUCAAUGUUUAUUGAUUAAUUUAAUUUUAGUAUGGAUUUAUAUAGUAAUUUGUUUAACAUGUCUUUCUUUGAUUUAUUACAUUUCGUGUGCAAUAAAAGAUAUAUGUACUAAUCGUUUAUUAUGUCCACAUCGUCAAUUAAAUUUAUAUCCACAUCUAUUAAACUUUCUAAACAAUGAUUAUUCAUUAUGUAGUCAACGAUCAGCAAAACGUGGUCCACAUCAACAUGUUAUUGGUGUAUCAGCUUAUUUAUCUAAAAUGGAUAAUAAAAAUUUAUUAGCAAAAGUUUGGACAUAUUUACUUGAAUAUAUUGAAGAAGCAAAAGAAAAAUAUCCUAAUUGGAUUGUUCGUAUUUAUUAUUAUUCACUUGAUAUAUCUAAAGAAGAAAUAUUUCGUAUUGAAAAUAAUUAUAAAAAUGUUGAUUUUUGUGAUUCAACAAAUAUUCCUGUACUUGGAAAUGUUUCAAAUUGGUUACCAGGUAAAAUGCAACGUUUUCUUCCAAUAGCUGAUCCACUUGUUGAUAUAUAUAUGUCACGUGAUAUUGAUUCACCUAUACUUGAACGUGAAACAAUUAUUGUUUAUGGAUGGUUAGAUUCAAAACAAACUAUUCAUAUUAUACGUGAUCAUCAUGAACAUGAUGUACCAAUAUUAGGAGGUCUUUGGGGAAUUAAAUUAAAUAAAGAACGUUCAUUGAUUAAUAAUGUUUCACAAUAUUUACUUUCACCUGAUAUUGUAAAAUGUUAUAAAGGUAAAGGUGAUCAAAAUUUUCUUGAAGAUUAUAUUUGGCCACAUGCAAUUAUGUAUGAUAAAAUGACACUUGAAUUUGAUAGUUUUUUUUGUAAAAAAUAUCCGAAUUCACGUCCAUUUCCAACACGAAAAGAAUCACCAACACUUUUUAUUGGUUGUCGUCGACCAAAUUGUACAAAAGAUAAACAUUCCGAAUGUCCAAAGGAAUGUCGACCUGCUAAUCAUCCAGAUUGGAUAUGGUGCUAA